AUGUCUUUCAUUCUUUGUAGUUUUAAUACUCCGUAAAAAUAAUGUUAGAAAGCUCCAACGAGAGUACAGAUACGUAUAAAUACACGCAUGCCGACUGACACACGCUCUAUCCCUCCUCCAAUGGCUACGUGCCAGCCAUCAGCCCCUCCUCCACUUCCCCCCACUAUCCGCCUGCGCUUAGGGUUUUAGACGAAGACGAUUUCUGAGUCAACUCGGACUUGUACAUUUCUCACUCUCUUCUAGAUAUAUAGCUCAGGCUCAGAGUGUUUUUUCCUUCUUCCACUUCUUCUGUUUGGUCCUUUGGCCGCUGCAUAUACUGUUUAGGGUUGGUGAGUGGGGUCUGUGAUGGCGUCAUCUUCUAAGCAGCAGCCGUCCAUGGUAUGCUUCAAUUCGAACUGCAAAGAGGUUCCGGAGCGGCAGAGGAAAGGCUGGCGCCGCCGCACCGGCGAGUUCGCUGACCUCUGUGAUCGUUGCGCUUCUGCUUAUGAAGAUGGCAAGUUCUGCGAAACGUUUCAUUCAAGUGCUUCUGGUUGGAGGGCUUGUGAAUCUUGUGGGAAGAAAAUACAUUGUGGAUGCAUAGUAUCUUUCCAUACAUUUGUACUAUUGGAUGCAGGAGGAAUUGAAUGCAUCACAUGUGCCAGGAAGAGUUUUAUUUUGACACCAAAUCCUGCAUGGCCACCUCCUUCACAUUUUCCUCCUCUGCAACCUGAAGGAACUAAAGAGUCUAGAAGUUGGACUCCAAUAGCUGGUUCUGGUCCGGUUCCAUGGCACCAAGCCCCGAGUUUGUUCAACGGCAGACUCAUUCAGCCCGAGUUGCAGCCGAAAACGCCAAAUAUUGAUCUGACUGGUAGCACUGACGGAUUUCACUUAACUGAUUAUAGGAGAAAAGAGGAUGCUUCUGGAGUUCCACUAAACAAAAGCCUGAAGAGUUGUGUGCCAGGAAAACCUGAAUAUGAGACUACUGGUUUUGGUUGUGCUGGACAGCCCAACCCUUUUGCAAGUUGCCCUGACCAAACAAGCGUCCUAAAGAAUGAUUUUUGUUCUCCGAACUUUCGGUUCACAAUUGGACCUACAACCAGAAAUGAAGUAAGUGAUCCUAGCAAGAUCUUCACGGCACACACUCAACCAACCACAAUUUCAUCUCCCGUGGGGAGGCAGUCUUGCAGUCAGAACAGCGUGGAUUCUUCUGGAGAGGCUCAAACGUGCAGUGUUAAGAAUCGAGGAGAUGUGGGAGGGAAGCACCAUCUACUUCCUCGGUACUGGCCACGGAUUACUGAUCAGGAACUGCACCAAAUUUCUGGAGACAUGAACUCGGUGAUUACUCCUCUGUUUGAGAAGAUGCUUAGUGCUAGCGAUGCUGGCAAAAUAGGGCGUUUGGUACUACCUAAGAAAUGCGCUGAGGCUUAUUUUCCACCAAUACCCCAUCCAGAGGGAUUACCACUGAAGGUGCAAGACCUAAAAGGGAAUGAGUGGGUAUUUCAAUUUCGGUUUUGGCCCAAUAAUAACAGCAGAAUGUAUGUUUUGGAAGGGGUCACUGCUUGCAUGCAAUCAAUGCAGCUGCAAGCUGGUGAUAUAGUGACAUUCAGCAGGAUAGAGCCAGAAGGAAAGUUAAUUAUGGGGUGCAGAAAAUUAACAUCUACGCCUUUAGUGGACCAGGGUCAUGGAACCUCUAAUACUCUAACUGGAGUGGCUAAUAAUGGCAGCACUGGCACUAAAAGUGUAAAACCUGGGGAAAUCUUGACAACGUGCUCUGUUAAAGGAAAUUUAGCAUCACCUGCUAUUCUGAUUAACAAUCAAGCUUGUAGUUUGGAUUCCAGAAACAAUAACUUUCCUGAAAUUAAUGAGUCAACUUGCAUAAUAGCUACAGAGGUGGUAGAAAACAAGUCUUCUGUUCGCCGUAAGAGAAAGAAUAACACCAUUUCAAAUCCUAAAAGCAAGCAAGUGAGAAUUAACAGUGAGCAGUUAAUAGAACUAAAUCUCACAGUAGUGCAAGCUCAACAAUUAAUGCGGCCAUCUCCAAAUAAUGCCCCAACUGUCAUUGUGAUUGAAGGCUAUGAGUUUGAAGAAUAUGAGCAUGAUGCACCAAUUAUAGGAAGGCCUACUAUUCCCUGCACAGGCAGUAUGGGUGAGAAGUUCCAGUGGGUUCAAUGUGAGGAUUGUUAUAAAUGGCGCAAGAUCUCGGCUGAUGCUCUUCUUCAAGCAAGAUGGACCUGUUCUCAAAAUUUAAGGAAUCCUGACAGAUCUGUGUGCUCUGCAGCGGAGGAGUUAACCAUAGAGUGUUUGGCAGGCUUAAUUCCCUCCACUGUUAAGGCUGCUAAAAAAAGAAAGAAGGCAUCUUCAAGACAGGAUGAUAUUAAGUCAC